AUGAUACAUUAUUAUUAUAUAUUAUAACAAUAUCUGAUGAUUAUUUAAAUUAUAACUUUGAUGACAACCAAUCAAUAUUAGUUGCUCAUUUAUGAUGACGAUUUCGUGCAGAACCCCAUUCAGGACGAAUCCUCCCUUGAAUAUCUCAUGACCAUUUGUCUCCAGCAAUCCAAUGCUACCCAGGACAAGAAACCCUGCUAUUAGAAGCAGACCUUCACCAAAGACGAAGACAAGGAGAUCCUCAAGUACGUAAUGUAAUACGGGCCAAAUUUUAAUAAGAUUGUCAAAUAUUUCCCUGGCAAAACCAUGAAUAUGAUCAAGAAUCGUUAUUAUAAGAAACUUCGAUAUCUGAAAUCGGAAUUGGAUGUUGACAAUGAAUUCGACUCCAUGAGCAACAAUACUAAAAUUAAAAAAAGUCAUUGA